AUGCGUGCAGCGCUGGCCGCUGGCCUCCGGCAUGCGCGGUAUACAUCGCGCCCAUUCUUGUAUCUCGUGCCGCAUGUGCGGUGCAAGCACGCAUCCAGGGCACCAUCAAGUGAUCGCGUGUCUGCGAAAAAUGGCACGGACACAGCACCGACCCGCACCCAGGAAAAGGAGCGCGAGCGCCACGAACAGGACAUGUCAGCGACCUCGCUGGUUAGUGCGACAGCCGAAGACUUGCUCAAGCAGCGUUUUCUGCACGCGCAGAAGCGCUCACCAGGGAAUACCCUCAUGACGGGCGGCAGCGGCACGGCCAAGGACAUGCCCUCCUUCUUCCGUGACGAGGGCGAGAGGCACUCCUCGACCGCGCCUGACGAAACGAGUUUAAUGAGUAUGCCGUCAUCACAGGCCCCGCGCGCCAAGCAGGAGGCGGCACCAAAGCCGGCGGACGCGUCGUGCGCCUAUGCGGACGAUAUGGUGGGCCCGAUUCCUGCCUUUCAGACGCCUGCGUUGUCUCCGAUCCGACGCAGUGACUUGUCCUUAUUACCCGAUCAGCCGUUUGAUACACAUGCCUUUGUACAGCGUCUCGAGGAUGGCGGGUGGAAAGCUACACGAAGCGAUGCCUCCGCUCGCCGUCACGACCCUGCCGAAGCGAUCAUGGACCUCACACGCGCUCUGCUACGGCAUCACGGCGAAACGUUGAUGAACGAGAAUAUUAACCGCAGUGACCUCCAUAACCAACUGUACCUAUUCUCCUCGGCACUGUCUGAGCUGCGCACCGAGGUGCGUGUGCGCGCACGCAACGAUGCCGCUGCCCUGCGCAGCAUUACCCUCUUGCUGGAGCGCGAGAUUGACGGGCUGAAUCAGAAGCUACAGUCCGACAUUGAGCAACUCAAGCAUGAUAUCCAGGUGGAAAUGAACAGCCGCAAGACCGAGGUGCAGGAGGAGAGCAACAACCUCGAGCAGGAGAUCCAGGACCUGAAUAAUCGCUUCACCAUCUUUCUAAGCGACCUCAAGACCGAAAUUGAGCAGCGCAUUAAAUGGGACGCCACACGGCGAGCGCUGGCACUGGUAUUUGGCAUCGUCGCGAUCAUGGUGUGCACGCUCGCCCUUGCCGACUAUUUCACGCGCGAGUCUGCGCCCGUGGACGAAGAAGCGCAGUCCACGUCCCCCACGCCUGCGAAACCCCGUGUCCUGCAGCAGGCCCGUGUUCCUGUGGACCAUCAUACCCUAGAAGACGAUCAAGACGUGGCGCUGCCACCCAAGUCAGCGGAAGAAUGGGGUCUCCUGCCCCGCUACGACGCGGAUGAAGUUCGGCACGUAUAG